CCUUGAAAACAACCCUGAACGAGAAAUGUUAGAACGCAGUAUCACGUGUGUGUAAAUAGCCACUGCAUUCAAGGGCGUCAGCUCGACCGAGAUAAUCCUGCACAGAUGGUUGUAUGCAGCACCUAUCAAGCUGACAAACCUGAUCGAUGUGAAAGUUAAAGUCAACAUCCAGUUGUUUCUGUUGCUUGGAUGAUAUGUCACUGCCACUUCAUGUUCUGCCUACCACUAGUUAUGAUGACAAACUCAAGAAGUCUUUCAUGCACCAGCUGUCACUCCAUGUUGAGCUGAACAGGGAACUGUCCGCCACUGUUUCGCCGCCGCACAUUGUGAUAUUCCGGCCUCAAGGCAGACCGAACGAUGAAUUUGAAGGAAUGGUUCUACCUUUCCUUCAGAAAUGUGGUCCAAGUAGCGACAUUAUUCUCUUCACUGCCUUCACAACAUCACAGCAGUACCGACGUGGCUUCAGCCCAACUUGUGUAUCAAGCUUCAAAUACACGGACAAACUUUUUAUCACGUCCGGACAUCUUGAUACACAAAUUAACAAGUCCACAUUUAAACGACUUGGGGAUAUCCUUAUGACACAAUAUAGCUUCAAGAUUUCUGAUGAUCAGUCGCAACUUGGAAGGGACGCGGAACCAGUACAUCACACACGAGGCCAAGAUAUGGAAAGCAAUGCGAACAACCAAGUGGACAAUGUCAGCUCUUCUUGUCGUGACGCGAACAAUCGAGAGGACAAUGUCAUUUAUUCUCGUAUUGAUGACAACAGCCAAGUGGACAAAGGCAUCUCUGCUUGUUUUGAUGCCAACAGCCAAGUGGACAAAGGCAGCUCUGCUUGUUUUGAUGCCCACAGCCAAGUGGACAAAGGCAACUCUGCUUGUUUUGAUGCCCACAGCCAAGUGGACAAAGGCAGUUCUGCUUGUUUUGAUGCCAACAGCCAAGUGGACAAAGGCAGCUCUGCUUGUUUUGAUGCCCACAGCCAAGUGGACAAAGGCAGCUAUGCUUGUUUUGAUGCCCACAGCCAAGUGGACAAAGGCAGUUCUGCUUGUUUUGAUGCCCACAGCCAAGUGGACAAAGGCAGCUCUGCUUGUUUUGAUGCCAACAGCCAAGUGGACAAAGGCAGCUCUGCUUGUUUUGAUGCCCACAGCCAAGUGGACAAAUGCAGUUCUGCUUGUUUUGAUGCCAACAGCCAAGUGGACAAAGGCAGCUCUGCUUGUUUUGAUGCCCACAGCCAAGUGGACAAAGGCAGCUCUGCUUGUUUUGAUGCAAACAGCCAAGUGGACAAAGGCAGCUCUGCUUGUUUUGAUGCCCACAGCCAAGUGGACAAAGGCAGCUCUGCUUGUUUUGAUGCCCACAGCCAAGUGGACAAAGGCAGCUAUGCUUGUUUUGAUGCAAACAGCCAAGUGGACAAAGGCAGCUAUGCUUGUUUUGAUGCAAACAGCCAAGUGGACAAGGACAACUCUGCUUGUUUUGAUGCCCACAGCCAAGUGGACAAAGGCAGCUCUGCUUGUUUUGAUGCCCACAGCCAAGUGGACAAAGGCAGCUCUGCUUGUUUUGAUGCCCACAGCCAAGUGGACAAAGGCAGCUAUGCUUGUUUUGAUGCCCACAGCCAAGCGGACAAGGGCAGCUAUGCUUGUUUUGAUGCAAACAGCCAAGUGAACAAAGGAGACUCUACUCAAAGUCUUGUCAGCAGCAAAGUAGAGAACCUUGAUUCCACUGCAGGUUUCGCUAACAGGCAAGAGGGAAAAGGCGGAUAUUCUGGUAGUGAUGCCAAAAGCCAAAUGUACAAAGGCAACUCUACUGGACAUGUUGUCAAUAGUCAGGUAGACGAAGGCAGACCUUCUUCUUCUUUUGAUGCCAUCAGCCAAAUUGAGAAAGAAACAUCUGUAAGAAGUAAUGCCAACAGCCAUGUGACCAAAGGCAACGCUACUAGAUACAGCAAAAUUGAGAAAGCCAUGUCUUCUGGUAAUGAUGUCAACAGGCAAGAUGACAAAAGCAAAGUUACUGAAUGUGAAAUUGACAGCUUUGUGGAUAAACGCAACUUUGCUGGACACGUUGCCAACAGCCAAGAGGACAAAGAUAGUUCUUGUAGUGAUGCCAGGAACCAAGUGGACAAAGGCAGUUCUCCUUGCAAUGAUGCCAACAGCUAUGUGGACGAAGGGGUCUCUACUAAAAGUCAGGCCAGGAGCCAAGUAGAAAGCGGUAAUUCUGCUGAAAGUGUUGCAAGCAGCCAGGGCGAGAAAUGCAGAACUUCUGGAAGUGAUGCCAACACCCAAGUGGACAAUGGCAGAUCUAUUCUAGAUUCCGAAACUGGAAGCAGGCAAAAUGUCGAUGACAUUGAGAGAUUACGGAGGAUAAAGCAAGACAUAGAGAGAGAGACAACUGCUUUGCAAGAGAGGGUGGAAAAAAAGUACCACUUGCCACCAGGGAAGCUGCUGACAAUACUUGAUGAGGUGCUGAUAUUUCUUGACCACAGACAAGAGGCAGCUGCAACUUCAGAAAUAAAGGGGAAAUCUCUGCUCGGACACGAAAUGGCCGGCACAAUUGAGAACAGACUAGCGCUGGAUACAGGGUCACUAAAUAACAUCUUACAAGCUGUGCUAAAGGAACCGGUGAAGUGGUGGAAGAAGUUGUUCUUUUGGAGAUGAAAGUGACACAUGGCGCAUCCACAUGGGCAAACUGAAGAUAACAGAUACAUGUACAUGACGGAGGAACACAAUGAAUGUCAGUUUCAGAUCUUGUAAAAUCUGUAGGAUGAUAAAUAUCAACAACUUAACUACCAGCAUAAUUGAGGGAUAUUUGCAGCAAGUUAGGUCAUUGUCAGCAAUAUUCCAGAUAUACCACGUCAAACUACACAUGAUUGAAUCUUGGGCCAGGCAAACCAGGAGCAUCUCUGUUCCAUUUAAGAAUCAAAAUUUGAGUCUGGGUCAAGCAAUGCAGUAGCGAGUAAGGAUAAGAAUCAUGGAUGAACAACUUCUGUAUUACAAUUAGGAGGGGGCACGGG